CCAUCGACGCGUCGACAAGCAGAAGAAGAUUGAAACAGACGCGAAAUUCAGGGCAUUGAUGACCGAUCGCGCUCCACGUUGCGGUUGCCUCAUCAGAAGCAGAAGAAGAAGAAGAAGAUUGAAAGAUGACCGAUCAACUCUCGCAUUCCACAUUCCCGUUCUCUGAUUGAAUCAGCGAUAGACAGAGACGGAGAGUUUAGCGAUGGGAGUGCCUCAGGCAAUGGAGAUCCUGAGAGAGCGGGCGGAAUCAAUCAGAGAGUCGCUGCACAAGAGCCAGACCAUCACCGACAGCAUGGUCGCCAUCCUCGGCUCCUUCGACCACCGCCUCUCCGCCCUCGAGACCGCCAUGCGUCCUACUCAGAUAAGGACGCACUCGAUCAGGAGGGCUCACGAAAACAUCGACAAGACGCUCAAGGCUGCGGAGGUCAUUCUCGGCCAAUUCGAUCUCACGCGCAAGGCAGAGGCUAAGAUCCUCAGAGGGCCACAUGAGGACCUAGAAAGCUACCUAGAAGCCAUCGAUCAGCUUCGAAGCACCGCUAACUUCUUCAAAAGCAAUAAAAGCUUCAAGAGCAGUGAUGGAAUUAUUAAUCAUGCCAAUAACUUGCUUGCCAAAGCUAUAUCAAAGCUUGAAGAUGAGUUUAGACAGAUAUUAACCAAUCACAGCAAGCCAAUGGAACCUGAUCUUCUUAUUGAUUGCCUUCCGGACUCUCUGCGGCCAUCAUCAGGAUCAUCUGGGAACCUAAGUGAAGCUAGUGGCAAGGCUGAGCACUCAAGUAAAGCCGUAGAUGCUGGAGUUUGCAAACCUGUAACUCUCAUACCACCCAGGGUUCUGCCAUUGCUGCAUGAUUUAGCUCAACAGAUGGUACAAGCUGGCCAUCAGCAACAACUGUUUAGAACCUACAGGGAUACUCGUGCUUCAGUUUUGGAACAGAGUCUUCGGAAAUUAGGUGUGGAGAAACUGAGCAAAGAUGAUGCACAGAAAAUGCAGUGGGAGGUUUUAGAAGCCAAAAUUGGAAAUUGGAUACAUUACAUGCGUAUCGCAGUAAAGAUUCUUUUUGCUGGUGAAAAGAAACUCUGCGACCAAGUAUUUGACGGUGUUGAUUCUCUCAGGGAUCAAAUCUUUGCUGAAGUAACUGCAAAUGGUAUGGCUCUGCUGCUUAGUUUUGGAGAAGCCGUUGCCAAAAGUAAGCGAUCACCUGAGAAACUGUUUGUUCUCCUGGAUAUGUAUGAGAUAUUGAGAGAAUUGCAGCCAGAGAUUACGGACCUUUUUGGAAGUAAAGCUUGUAUUGAGAUGCGAGAAUAUGCCUUCAGUUUGACCAAGCGACUUGCUCAGACAGCUCAAGAGACAUUCGGUGAUUUUGAGGAAGCAGUUGAAAAAGAUGCCACAAAAACUGCCGUUCAAGAUGGGACUGUUCAUCCUUUGACCAGCUACGUGAUAAACUAUGUGAAGUUUUUAUUUGACUACCAGUCCACUUUGAGGCAACUCUUUCAGGAGUUCAAUGAAGGUGAGGCAGAUGCUCAGUUAGCAGCUCUAACUACAAGAAUCAUGACUGCUCUUCAGAGUAAUCUGGAUGGAAAGUCUAAGCAGUAUAAAGACCCUGCUUUGACUCAAUUAUUUCUCAUGAAUAACAUCCACUACAUUGUCCGAUCCGUAAGGAGGUCAGAGGCGAAGGACUUACUUGGGGAUGACUGGGUGCAGAUACAUAGGAGGAUUGUACAGCAACAUGCCAAUCAGUAUAAGAGGAUUUCGUGGGCAAAGAUUCUGCAGUGCCUCACGGUUCAGGGUUCAUCAGGAGGUCCUGGUGCUAUGGGAAGUGAUGGUACCAGUGGAAUUUCAAGAGCAAUGGUGAAAGAUAGGUUCAAGACAUUUAAUGUUCAAUUUGAGGAGCUCCAUCAAAGGCAAUCUCAGUGGACAGUUCCUGACAGUGAGUUGCGCGAGUCACUGAGACUCGCUGUUGCAGAAGUUGUCUUGCCCGCCUAUAGAUCCUUCAUCAAGCGCUGCGGGCCACUUAUUGAGAACGGGAAGAACCCUAUGAAGUACAUCAGGUUCAGUGUUGAGGAUAUUGAACGGAUGCUGAAUGAAUUCUUUGAGGGUAAGACAUGGAGUGAGCCUAAACGAUGAAAUCUUUCGAGCGAUGAAGGCUCACGCUUCAUCAACAUUCUUCUAUCAUUUUUAACUCUUAAGUGGGUGGGUUCUACUGAUGGUCGUACCCCAUCUCAUUUCUUUCAUUUGCUUGUAAGUUUUGUUAUGCUGAGACGGACCAGAAUGACGACUCUCCUUAUCGGAAGUCGUCUCAACCAUUCUUUGAGGCCAUCUUGCAGAUGUUAUACAAACAUG